AUUACAAGUUCCCUAAAGUAGAAAACAAAUCACAAAUUCCCUAAAACAAAUCAAAAAUCACAUAAAGCAGACCACAAGUUCUCUAAAACAAAAACAUCUUCAACCACAUCAUAACUCUCAUGUAGCAAAUCAGAAAGAAAAGAAAUCUUACCAGAAACCUCACGAAGAAACCAAAAAUGUUAUAGAGGAUGACAAGUAAUUAAUAUUUUAUAAUGAAAAAUAUUUUUUAUAAUGGUAAUAUAAAUUUUUUGAUAAGUGAGAAAUGAGUGUGUAACUAUUAUAUAUAAUAAUUGUCAUAGUACUUCUAAUAAUUAAUCAAAUUAUACAUAGCUCUUAGUCGCGUUACUUUGUCCAACAUUGUUGUUGGAUUUCAACCUACCACCAAAUAAUGGAAAAUUGAUUUUCACGAUAUGCCCAGGUUAGGGUGCAUAACCUAUGAUUAUUUAUAAGUAUACAAUUAAAUUUAGAUUCAUGGUGCUAAGCGGGGUCAAUGAUAAGGGGUGAGAUUAGAAGUCUUUUAUUUUUUUAUUUUUAAUUGGCUUGUAUUUUCUUUAUUUUAACUUGAAUUUUAAAAUUUUCUGCACGGAUUGGACGAUCUCAUUAUGAUCUAUAAAAUGAUAUCCAUUUUCGAUAUCUUUUUUGUACCACUCGUUACCACUAUGACACCAUUAACAUCACAUUCAUUUUAACCAAAAUUAAAAAAAAAAAUUACACAAGAAACGAGUUUAUCUUGAUAAACAAAAUUCUGGGAAAAAUCUUCAGAACCAAUUAUACUACCGUAUUCUACCAUGGUAUAAAGUGGUAACUACUAACUAGUGAUAUAUGGUGUUGAAAGGUGGGAAAUCGUGGUUAAUAUAUUUCUACUGUCAUGUAUACAACCAUUUUAUACAAUAAUAUAUUUGUACCAUCUUGUUUCACUUUCAUAUCAGCAUGAUUAAUAUCUUUUGUAUUACCAAUCAUUACCACUAUGGUAUAGAUUGCUGAAAAAUAUUUUGAAUUUUGGGAUAUUUGUGAUCUAUAUUUUCUCCUAAAAACUAAAACAUGAAAUAAGCAUACCAAUUUGAAAAGCAUUAUUCAUUUAUUAAACACGGAUCAAGUUUUCCUAUCUAAACUUGGUUUCCAAUUUUCAUAUGUCCUUAUGACAAACGGAUUAGGUUUUCCUUUUCCAUAACGAACACGAAGAACCUAUUUCCUCUUUCUUUUGCCCUAAUCGCCCAAUCCCAUAAAAUCCAUAAAUAGCAACAGGAAACCAAGACACACGCCAGAAUAUUAAGAAACAGAGUAACUCUGCCUCUGCACUCUGCAGCAUUGUCAAAUCAAGCGUACUGAGAAAAUUCUGCAGAAAAACCAGCGAUGGUGCUCAGAAUUCGCGUCCGAUUGGGAAAACACGACAUCGCCGGUGCCGGAGAGUGCGUGCAAUCCCCAACGACCAAGCGCCAACGAGUCCGCCGCGAACCCAAGAAAGACUCUGCUCUGCAGAUAACGAAAACAGAGAGAAGGAAGAAGAUGCAAAAGCAGCCGCUAAUUCCAGCCGCCGGAGAAAUCAUCAGGAAGCCAAUCAAACUGAGGAUUUUGAUUAAUUCGGAACAACGCCGCGGUUUCGUGGAGGUCAAGAAGCCGAACCCACCACCAGUAGUUCAACAGCCGGCUUGUUGGCCUUUCUGGGCUCUGUCCCCAGGUCAAGCCUCCGAUUCCGUUUCCAGUUGUUAUGACGGAGGCGGCGGAGAAUCCGUUUCCGUUAACCAACCCUGGCGCCCGACUUACUUCUCUUACCCGGAAGUAAACAGCUACUCUGGAUUUCGCGGCGGCGGCAGAGUAAGGCCUGGCUGCUCCGAGAACAACCCGGUGGUUAUCUCCGGUGACGAUUCCGACAAGGACGAUGCCGAAUCCGUGGGUGAGAACGAUCCGGUGUAUGAUCGGAGCGAUGAUGGCGAGGUGGAGUCUUGUCCAGGCGAGCGACCUCGACGGAUUAGGGUUUUGAGAAAGUAUGAUCGUGUUAACUAGAUAGUCUAGUCAAAAGAUAGUAGAGGAAGGAGUAGGCAAUCCAUUUGGAGAGCGAAAUUGCUUCGCUGUUAAUUGCAGAGCUAUAGCUUGUAAUAUAUGAUUAAGAGCUAAUGAAUGAACACAACAAUGUUUGAUGAACUUCUAAUUUUGGUAUUUUGCUUCGUUGUAUAUUGCAGUCGUUGCCCUGUGGUUAAUUACAGUAUUAAUCGAUAGCUUCUCAUAUGCAAGUGAACUAUGUGUUGGUAUGAGUUAUUGUAGGCAAUGUAGUCAAACUUCCGAUUUUACCAUGUUGCAUAUGAGUUUGGAUCCUCAUUUUACUAUUAUAUCUUUAAAUAUUUUAAAUUUACGAUUAAAAUCAUAAUUUUUUUAAAAUCUACGAUUUAUCAAUUUUGGUGAAUGUCAAUUGAAGCGAAAUCAAGUCAAAUUCUACUUCCCAUGGCCCAGCAUCACGAAGAACCCUAGCUCAUGCUCCCCAUUUUUUCUCACGUUCCACAACAACAUUCAAAGUCUGCCAUCUCUAAACAUAAACAACUAUACCACAAGUCCCCUUAAGCAAACACAAAAGCUAACAAAAUAGUAGGGAUGAUGUUGCCUGGAUUUUCCGGAUUAGAGCUUCCACGCAACGUGUCUCUCACGAAUCGAACAAAGGAACUCGAGAAUGGCUUUAGUUAUCGUUUGCUUGUGGGAUUUGGGUGUUGAAUUUGGCACCCAAAUCCCAAUCAUCAUGGAAUUGAUACAAAUCCAUUGUUUGCUAAGUGACACAAAUCCGUGGGACCCACGAAUUUAAACCAAUUUUUAGAUCCAAAUCCGUGGACUCCACGUAUAUGCAAAUCCCACAUUUCACUUGGAAUUUGUCAGUGAAAGGCAAAAUGUGAUACAAAUCCAUCGUAAAUCUAUAACAAACAAUGUACUCUUCCAAAUCCUCAAUGCAACAAAUCCAUUAUAAAUUCAAAGGUUCUUAAAACUCAAAACACUCAUUUUCAAAUCCAGCAAGCAAACGAGACGAAGAGAAAUAGACAUAGAACGAAGAGAAAUAUAGAGGAUGUGAAGGCUAAAACUACUAAGCUACUUGGGUUCCAAUCUUCUAACAUUAUUAAACGAAAGACAAGUACAUAUUUAUAGGCAUAGAAGUCUCUACAUUUACCUAUCUAGAACAUGAUUCCUAAUCCUAUAAGAAAGCUACUAACAAUAAGACAAAUCCUACUUGAACAAGAAAACUACUAAUAAUGACAAUAAUAAUAAAAGACUACUAAUACU